AUGUCAUUCCUACUGGCCUCUCGCCCAUUGGGUGUCGGACUCGGUCUCGGCGCAGCAUUCACAUCCUACUCUCUGCUCAGACCCCGAAGAAACCUCUUGGCUCUGUGUGACUCGAGCGCUGUGUUCAACAACUCAUAUUCGAACAAGGCAAAGACGCCGGUUGUAAACCGCAAGGGCGGUCUUAGUCCUAAUGCCGGGGAUGAUGCUAAUGCCAAUACGGGUGUUCUGGGUGGUCUCGCUAUAUCGCUAUUCUCCAAGCCGUUGACUUUGCUCAUUGGACUUUUGAUCAUUGGUGUACAGUUUGCAGAGUCACAGUUGGGUGUCAGUCUUCUUCCUUACAACCGCUUGCAACGCUACUUUACCAGCAUCAAUUUGCGCUCGGCUAUGCAGGAGAACGUGGCCUUCAAGCUGGCCUUUGGAGCUACGUUUGCAUUGACCGGAUUUGCUCAGCUGUAG